GCAAUUAACGAUUAAACACGAGUGUAUUAACGACUGUGUUAUGUUGGCCUUCAGCCGGUUAUAGCUCGAGUUUGGAUCCUCAAUAUCGCUUUCAUUGACUACGUGUUCUGGUAUUCCUCUGAAAAUGUCGCUAGUAUCGGGGACUAGAAUUGAUUGAAAGCCAUUUGUCAUUCAUCAUUUUGGCCAUCCACUCCUUAAAGUGACAAUUUUGCAGUUGAAGUGUUAAAGAUUUCGCCGAGUAAACUAACUAGUUAACGUGAACGGUGGUCAGGUUAUGAAUCGUGCAAGACUUCGUAGAUUGUUUGGUCCCUCAUUACGUGUACGACUGCGGGUAUGUGAUUUGUUAUCUGAUUUCCUGACCUUAAUUCUUGGAAAGGACAUAAUUUCUUCUUAUUAUGUAAACAGCUUGCACAAAUUGCGCUAAUGUUACGCAAACCUCUCGCAGAUUCUUAGUGAUACUUCGUAAGAGAUUCUUGAAUCUUUACAGUGAUCAAUAGCGAACAGAGUAAAGCCUCAGCUAAUAAUUCACUGAAUCCAAAACUUUUACUUUGAGCUUAUAUUCGUCGAGCUUUGUUCGAGGAAUAUGUGGACGGACAAAAAGACAAUUAAGGUAUAUCUUGUUUGAAUCUGUUCAAUAAGUAAGCAUGUAUUCAAGUUUUCCCUUAAUAUGCGAACCUUGUACUGUUAAUCUAGCUGGUAUAAUUUUGCGCAGAGUCUAGUUACCCUUCUAUCCAUCUCUUCAACUCAAUCUUAGGUAUUUAUUUUAUUAAUUACUGCGGACUCAAAAAACAGUUUAACUUAUGAAUCAUUCAUAUUUUGUGCUGGGCCCAAAACUUCAUCUUUUUGGAGUUUUAACAGUUUUGGCUAACUUCAUAGAAUAACAAACAAUAAAUUAUUGUUGCAUGAGGUUUUUGUGAUAUCCGGACAAAUCAAGGUCAAGUUAAGAGUGAUUAGCCAAGGCAUAUACUCACCAAUGCAAGACCUUGAUUAUUCCGGAUAUAAUAAAAACCGAAUCUAAUAACAUUGUAUUAUCAUACAUUGUUUUGAACAAAAUUAACCACAAACACACUGUCACACAGAGCACAGUUUGACAUGGCUUUUGGAAAUUAUGCAUUGUAAAUUCACCCGACAGAUUCGGGUCAGUUAUAUGCCAGCAAAUAGCAAACUACUCUUUAGGAUCUACUGAUUUCCAAAAUUAACUGUAAGCUUUUAGUCAAUGAGAGGAAAGAUAGUGGGUACAAUGUACAGCAUUAAUUGUUAUUGGAUGAGACUGAGUAUGAUAUGAAGAAUUACGCAGAUCCAGAGGUGCUGGUGGAUAACACCCUCCAAGAUAUGUAUAAUGUCAUAGAAAAAAAGCCAAAUCCCAUAACUGACUUUUAAUUCUUUUAAAUAUUUCCAACUGACAUGCAACCAAAAAAAAUGCUUAUCUCAAUCUAUGUAAAGUUCCCAUUCUUCAAAUAGUAGUUGUCAUCCCUUGAGUGCUAUUCUUGCUAUGCUUUUCCACAGUCCAUGCUUGGGUAUUUCUUCUUUGCAUAACAUGUGAAAUCCUCUGCAAUUUUCUCCAACUCUGACAAAAAAGUAUACAGCGCACUCGAGGGUGUUGGGAAAAAUGUGGUAGAACCUAUGCAAACCCUCAACUUUGUCUUGUUUUGUGUAACUGUCUUGAAUCCCCCCAUCACCUUCUUGUGCUUAUAUCUGGCUAUGUAGCUAGGGAAAACAUUUUCUAUUGCUUUAUACAAAAUGACGUAUAAUGUGCAAUCUUGCUGGCUACAAUGAAAUAAUAUUCUAUCAUUUAUUUCAUAUGGCAAAAAGGAAUUAUGUGCUCCCUUUAUUCAUUAGUACAGCAUAUGCAAAAUUCUAUUGUUCAGGUUUACUUUGGCUGCUGGUCCCAGCAACAAAGGUUUUUAGUAAACUUUUAUCGUUCCACUUAGGCCCUGUUCAGACUCCGAACUUUUCAUGAGCCGAACCUGAUUGGAAUUAAGGCUGAUCCCAACUGUUUGGACCGCCUGAACUGAUUCAUACGCCGAUCUUAAUUCCAGCCGAACUUAUUUCAAAAGUCAGGAGAAAAAUGCUCAUUUUGGUCAAACUGCUUGCAAAAUACUUUAUAAUUAUUAUAAUUUAUGCCAGGCUAGGCGUGAAGAAUGGCUGAGCUAUUGUAAAUUGAAACAGGCGUUCCUAAUUGAUUCAGAUGCUUAACUUUUCAUGUACUUAAUUCAUCAUAUGUAUUAGGUUCGGUUCAUGAAAAGAUCGGCGUCUGAAUGAAGCCUUACUUCCAAUUACUAAUUUCUUAAACUAAAGGGUAGUUCUCCACUGUGAUUUUGUACUUUCCACCUGAGUCCUUCCCUUUGUACUUGUAACUGUAGGUUGGUGUUAUUGUUUAUAAUCAGUAAAUUAUGUUAGUUGACCACUGAUGAUUCACUUUUGGUUUAAAUAAGUCUUACUGGACAGCAAGACUUCCUCAAGCUUUUAUUUUUCUGCAAAUGUUUUGUUACACCCUUUAUAAUUUGCCAUUAUCUUCAUCCCUUCAUAAGCACAUGCUGAAUGAGACAGCGUGAAAUAAUAGUAAUGUAAUGUAUGUGUACACUUGUUCCAUGUAGUGUUUUUGUGUAUAACUAUUUUUGUUUAUACCAUAUUAUCCUUAACGUGCUGGAGUGCCUGCUGCACAGGAAAAGUCAAUGGUGGUAGCAGUGUAAAUUGAUGAGAUUUUAUGAAAUGUUUAGUAUUAUAUAUUAAUUGUAUAUCAUGAGGUUCUCAAAUCUGUUACUGCAGGAAGGUCUUCGGGACUGUAUCGGACCCUUUUCAUCAAAGAAAAUAAAUGGAUUGACAUUUCUGGUAAGUCUGUGAAUCAAUAAUUUUUUUCAUGGUCCACCCGCCUUUAUCUGAAAGGCUUUAAUUGUGGCGAUUUGCUUUUGUUUUGUCAAAUUUACGUUUGGUAAACUUUACAAUGUGAUUCGUUGUUUGUUUGUUGUCUGUUAAGAAACCUUUCCUCUUUAAUUUGUUCAGUGCAUUAUUUGGGGGUGAAGAUGGGCCUGUACCAAAGUUAUUAUGAUAAUAUUAUACCAACUAUUGGUACAAAUCAGAGUUUGUGUACAUAAUGAAAGUUCAGUUGUAGAGAACUACCUGUCAUGUACAAAGCUACAAACAACAUUGUUGGCUGGUUUUGCCUCUUCUCAGUCACAUACAUUACCAGAAAGCUUUCAAACAGCAUUUUUUGGCAAUGUUUUCAGUGGCAAAUGACUUAAAAUUGUGGGUGUUGGCACUUUUGAGGAUCUAGUGCACUUUAUGAUGUCACCUUGUUACUAAAAUGUCCUAGUCAACAAUUUCUUGCGGUAAUUUCCAAAAUGUACUUAAAAGUCAUUUUUUAUUGAAGAAGUUCUGUGCACAACGGAUGCAUGGCUCCAAGUGUUGAUUUGAGUCAAGGAGUAGCUUUUUACAGGGUUUGUACAGAGUUUUGAAUUCUUGAAAUUUGCCCAGCAAUUUUCCAAACCUAGAAAAAGUCUGGAAAAUAGAGGUAAAGUCUUGAAAAAAUGGUAAAAAGUCUUGAUUUUUUUUUGGAAAGUUACAACAAGUGCUUCACAAGAGAAAUUUUUUUCUCAUGUGUGUCAAAUCUUAUUCAAUCUCACCUGCAUGUCAUUGAAGAAGCUUUGUUCCCACGUUUUUUUAAGGUCUCUAUUAAGGAGGCAGCAUGGUCGAGUGGUCAGCAACCACUCGCAAUCCGGCAGUCCCAGGUUCAAAUCCCUCUCUGGUGACUCUCUGGCUUUGUUCUUGGCCGUCUCUAGUUCAAAUCCUUGGCCAUGCUUGUAAAUAGUCAACUUGUUGCCUCCUGCCAGUUGGGGUUUUUAAUCCUGUUAUGUUGUAUUUGAAUUAUUUGUUUCUAAGUAUUUGAGUGGAGUGCCUGUAGACCAGCUGGAUAAGCUAAGUGCACUUUCCACCAUAAACAAGCCUUUAAACCUCUCUUAAACCUAUUUGAUAACCUUGAGUCUUGAAAGAGAAAGUAUUGUUUUGGAAAAAGUCUGGAAAAAGUCUUGAAUUUUGGAUCAAAAAUCUUUACAAACCCUGUUUAUAGUCAAAUAACUUUUGUUUCUUAAUGCGACAUUUGGAAUUCUUACAAAUGCUACACAUUUAACAGAAUUCUGUACUAUAUAUGUCACACUCUUACAGUAUUGCACCUGUCAGUAUACAAUGUAUAAAUACUGACUUAGCUUGUGAAUUCUCUAUCUUAUACAGUUCUGUAAUUGAAAGAGAUUAUCCGGAAAAUAUUUUUCUGGGCCCAGUUGUUCAAAGGCUGAUUAGCGCUAACCCAGGGUUAAAUUUUAACCUGGGUCUCUUUUUCUUUUCAUCAAAAGCAUUUUCUUGGACAAUUUUCUCUAUUCUUUUUAGGAUAGCCAAUCAUCAAAUUGUUGACAAAAAGAAUUAAGCUGAAUUUGCUUUUUAAGCUUUCAAAUCUGAAUUCAAAUUUCGAGCUAACCCUGGGUUAUCCUAACCCAGCUUUGUACAACUCGGCCCAGGUGGUUUAAUUUAAUUACCACGUGAGGCAGCUCAGAUGGCUUUAAAUUUAAAAAGAGGGUUGCCUGUAUGUAACUUGAUCCUGAAGUAGAAAACUCCAAAGAACAACCCCUGUUCAAGUUGUUAAAGGGCGAAUUAAGCAAUUUUAAUUUUAUGUGACGUUAUGGUUUAUCACUGGACAUGCAUAGUGCCAUAGGCAAUAAAAUUGAAAUGAAGGUAGUCAUGCAGAUGAUAGUGCAUUAAAUGGUUUUUUAGUUCAUUGUCAAUUUUGUUUUGCAUGUCAAAUUGAUCUCUCUCACGAAUUUUUUUUAAAAUAAAGCAUCAAAGUGAUGUUUAAUCAGAUGCACUCUACAUGUACUUACAUUGUAUAUGGUCACCUAGAUGUUUUAUCAAUUAUUCUAUUUAAAAUGAAGGAGACCUUAUGAUAAUUCACAUUCAUGAUUAGUGGACCAAUCAUCCAAAGUUUAAUUUAGGCUUGUUCAAAAUUACACUCUUGCAGACACCCUGCUGAGGGAUUUCUUUGUGUUAUGUGUUUGACUUGUUAAGUCUUUAAGUCCUGCACAGACUAACAGAUCAUACAAGUUUUUUAUUGUUUCAAAGAUCUAAAAUGGCUGGGUUUUUUUCUUUUUAAUAAUUUUUGAAAUUCUUUUUGUGCCUUCACUACAUGCAAAUUAAGCAGAACAGCAGUUUAAAUGUUUUUGCCUUUAUAUGGCAAUUUGAGUUAAGCAUGCAUCAGUCGGUUUGUAAUUUUAGCAAGUUCUUUUGCCAUCAGAACUAUUAAUAACUUCAUACACGUAUAUAUGCCUCGCCCACAAUUCAUUGAUCAUUUUUACGUAGAUGUGUAUCUUGAAAUUCGUUAACAAUGGCUGGCAAAUAUAAAUAUAUAUACAUAAAUAGAAGUUUAUUGCGUGUUUUCCUGUAAACAAACGUGGUUCACUCAAUGCAAUACAAAGGGCUAUAUUGUCCCUAUAUUCUAAUAUAAUUAAUGUUCUGAAAUCAUUGCCUUGACUUGUGAUAAUCAAGGUGCCCAAAUUAACAUUCUUGCUUGUUCUUUUUCUGCUUUACUGCUGAUGAAGGUAUUGUUUCUGUACAAGUUAUAAAGAUGUAAACUGUCAACAACUAUUGAAAAUUGUCAAAAAAAUAUAUAAUUUUUAAAACCUAUGUACAUAUAUAUUAUGUAUGUGUGUGUCACGAUAUCCGAUCGAUUCCGAUCUACAUUUCAGGAAAAGAUAAGGAGAUACACUGUAUUUGGUCAAUAUUUUUAACAGCCCUCACAGAGUGGCAAGCAUAUUUUAAAUAGUUUAGAAUGUGGUAGUGAAUUAUUAGGUAAUGACGAUUAAAGUGAGAGGAGACUGUGCAUAUGCUGCUUAACAACUUUGUUAAUGCAUGGUUUUACCUCGGGAUUUUCUCAAACAUCAGAGGAUGAUGCUUGAGAUGGAGGUACAUGUCCAUUGUGGUUAAUUUUUAUUUAUUUAAUUUAUAUGAAAGUCAUUCUACUUUAAAUUUAUAAGGGAAAGUAGGGAAACUUAGUUUCAAUAGUUAUGAGUCACACAAGUUACUAAGAGGUGCUGACGGAGAGGGGUGGUCAGAGACAAAUGCUUCAAGAAUGUCAAUCUAUGAAAUUGGAAGUAGUUCUUUUAAAAAUUGGGAAGCUUGCAAUUCCUGCAUUGGAUGAGAUAACUUUACGUAUUUGGCUCUUUACCUUAUCGCCUAGCUAAGUACAAUUCCCAGUACUGCAGUAAUAAUUAAAUGCCUUUUUCCCCAUGGGUUCUGAUGGGAUACACUUUAUGUUGAAAGUUGUCUUUGACAAUUCAAAGACAUUUAACACAGUGUAUCAUAUCUGUGACAAUAUUGUUAAAACAAAAUAAAUGUUUUAAUAUUAUGUAAUGUUUACAACAUGAAAAGCAGUGUUUCAUCAGUUUUCAUUGAAAAUUCUAGGCUCUUAUUGCAAGUAUUACUUUUUGAUGUUAUAAAACGUUUCAUGAGUGUUUAGAACAGCUUUAAAAACAUGUCCCUGAAAUAUUCAAUUUCUGCUGUUACUGGUAGAACAUAUAUAUUAAAAACCAAGCAAUCUGAAAAUAACAAAGGUUAGUGAACAAUUGUUAUGCAAAUAAUAUAUUUUGUGACAUUUUUAUAACUGAACGACACAGUUGAAGUGUCCAUGUGCAGUCUCAAAGAUGCCGCUUAAUCCAAAAUGAAUUUUCCACAGUUGAGAACCAUGUAAGAGAAGCUAAUAUUGUUCUAGGAUCGAGAGUGUCACAUAAAUCUAUUCGAAACACAAUCCUUAAGAGCUCAUUAUCAAAACGUUUUUAAAAUUUGAAAUUUGUAACAGGUGCAUUGUAUUUGUGACUUGCUUAAUGUACUGAUGGCUUCAGUAGUUUUUAUGUGGAAUUUUUCACUCUUGGUUGGAUAGCAGAUUAGGAUAAAUUUAAAUAAUUUUUGUUGUUCUUGUUCUUAAUAUGUAGAUAGUUUUCUCAUAAUUAGCAUUUCAUGAUUUCAGUCAUUCAACCCUUGAGUUUUUCCCCUGAGGCUGAAUUCAUCUCCCAGUUUCCUGACCGUUCAGUUACAUCCUUUAGAUGAAUCUUACCUGCACUAUAGCCUGCUCAUGGUAGUUUGGAUAGUUUUGAAAUAUCACUCAGAAUAUUAUAAUAAAUAUUGCUAAAUAACACUACAAUUUAUUAUUGAUAUUUAUAUUGGUCUUUUGUAAUUUGAUAUAUUUUCUCUUGUUUUUUUUUCAGAACUUAUCAGAAUUUGAUAUAAAAACCUUUCAAAUAUCUCAAGAGAGCAAGAGGUCAGACUUGAAUUAUUUUUUUCAUUAAUAGUUUAAGUACUUUGUUGGUUGCUGCAGUAUACAGGGCUUCUGAUAUUUUGCGCGGUCGUGGAGCCACAAAAUUUAGGUAAAUCUGCGAAAUCCCGCAAAAUUCACAAAAAUACGAAAAAUACUGUGAAAUUCGGUAGAAAUCUUAUCAAAUACAUGUCUGUGCAACAUAUUUGAAACUUAUUUCAGCUAUUGGGGCUAUUUACUUGCCAUAAACUUGCAAAUUUAUCUUAGAACUUCGUCACUGAAACGCGCAAACAACAUCCCGAAACUAUCAGGCAUAGGCUAUGUUGCGAAAAACUGGGCACUAGCCAUGAUGUUAAAGGCUUUGCCAUUGGUUCAUUUCUGGAGCGCACCGUUGUUGAAAGAUCAAAUGAUGACCUCUGUUAGAAAAACAUUAAAAACGCUGCUCUGAUCUGAGCGAAACCGAUUGAUUUCUAGCAAAAUUUGCCUUGAAAAUAACCACAAAAUCGACCGUUUUUACCAAUUGCUUUUUGGGGAAGUUUCCCCCGAAAACUCCCGUGAAAUCACUGCGAAAUCGGCUGAUUUUUCAGCGGAUUUGUCCCUAGAAAUCCCGCGAAAUUUGACUUUUUCUUCCGCGACCUAUCAGAAGCCCUGAAUACUGUACCUGUACUUUUCCACAAUAUAAUCAGUGCAAAUUUCAUCCAGGGUUUGCACAGUCUUGAAAACUCAGUGAAUUUUAGGUGGAUUCCUUGAAAAUUACUUGAAUUUCAUUUUUCCUUGAAAAGUCCUUAAACUUCUUUGCAAGUCCUUCAAAAGUCCUUGAAUUUUCUUCAACUUUGAAUGAAGUGGCCUGGAAAGUGUUUUUUAAAUGCUUUUUGGUUGUCCAAGACAGAAUAUAACUCAUAUAGCUCACAGAGAAGUUAAGGUGAUUUACAUAACUGAUAAAAAGUUUUUUGUCAUGCAAGAAUUACAGGUAACUAUCAAUUUAAGACAAGUGAACUGAAAAUGUAGAGAAGUUGGCGGAGGAAACAGUUCAAGCCUAAAAGUCCAGUUAGGAUGGACUGGGAAUGUGCCUCUUUGCACAGUCUGUGAAAUUACAUUGAAAAUGUAAUGUGGUCCUUGAAAAGUCCUCUUAGAAAAUGGUUGCAGUUUUUUGUAUGAACCCUGUUAUCUUUGGUCACUGUUUCCAACCAAAAGUCCCAAGGCAAUGUUGCAAAAUGAGUAGAUUUGAUGCAAGCUACAGCUAAAAUCAGAAGCUAAAAUCCCCUUGAAACAGGGCCUCUGAUAUUUCGCGGAAAAAAAAGCAAAAUUUCGCGGGAUUUUCAGGGGCAAAUUCGCGGAAAAUCGGCUGAUUUCGCGGGAUUUUCGCGGGGGAAAAGUCAAAAUUCACGGAAAAAUCGGCCGAUUUCGCUGGAUUUUAGCGGGAAAAAGUCAACAUUCGCGGAACAAUCGGCCGAUUUCGCGGGAUUUUGGUGCAAAAAAGUCAAUUUUCGAAAGAUUUUCAGGGGCAAAUUCUUAGGAAAAUUGGCCGAUUUUACAGGAAAUUUCGGGGGGAAACAAUCAGUAAAAAACAGCCGAUUUCGUUGGAUUUUUUUGGGCAAAUUUCGCAAAAUCGAUCAGUUUUGCGUCGAUAUGACCAGCGUUGGUAAACGUUUCUUUUAACAGGGAUAAUCAUUUGCUCUUUCAACAUCAGUUCGCUCGAGAAAUGAACGAAUGCUAAAGCUUUUAACAUUAUGGUUAGUGCCCAGUUUUUCGCCACAUUCAUCUAAAAAUGCCUGGUAGUUUUGGGAUGUUUUUUGACUCGUUGCAGUGAUGAAGUUUCAAGCUAAAUUUGGACGUUUGGUGUGAAUAAAACCGGUCUAAUAGCCAAGAUAAGCAUUAAAUAUGUUUUGCCGACAUGUAUUUGGAAAUAUUUCUGGUGGAUUUCGCGGUAUUUGGAGAAUUUCACAGGAUUUUGCGGAAAUACCUGAAAUUCACGGGUCCGCGACCGUGCGAAAUAUCAGAAGCCCUGUUGAAAGUAAAGUCACAACAACUAUUUCAAGAAAAAAGCAGUGAAACAAUCCAGGAGCCAAAUUGUUGAACUGUACAGAACGUUUACUCCAAGAGGGUUCUUUUGUACAUAUAUGUACGAUUGCUGGUUAAAGGGUUAACGCAUGGAGUUUUAGUUAAAUUUUCAAGACAUUGUAUUUGUAAGAUUUAUACUGUUGUACAAAGUGAUACAAUCUUUUUCAUUGUUUUUUCUUUAUUCUAACAGGAAACUCACAAAAGUUCUCAAAAGAAUUAAAGGGAAAAAAAGACACAGUCAUAGAAGGUAUAGUGGAAAAGAACAUUAUUGCACAUUAAUUUUAGUAUUUUUACUUUUUGACAAAACUUGGACAGUGCCAUUUCUCACUAGGUAGUUUAAUUAAACAUUUAAGCCCAAGAAUAUAUUUCUGUACAGUGAGAUGAAAAAUGUUGUUAUUAUUAUAUAUUAUCAUUUUUUAGCAAGCAAGCAUUAUUAUAUUGUUUAUUCGUGCACAUACCAAAAUCCUCUGCUUGCAUGUAGCUUGGCUAAUAAAGGCUGGCAGUGGAAAACAAAAAGUAAUUCACUAGUAAGGGGAAGAAAAGGAAAGGAAGAUUAAGAGCAGAUCUACAGUGUGUAUAUUAAUGUUGCAUUAGAUUUUCACUUUCGAAUCAUUAUCAGUUGUCAAAGUUCACUCCUAGUGCAGAGCUCAAUUAGACACAUGUAUCUACUGUAGACAGCACCAGAACAUGCGCCGUGAAUUAUGUGAAUGUGUGUUGCUUCAGUUAAAAAGAUUGUAGUUCUGAGGAGAAAGAUAUAAAUCUCUGUAGCCCCAAAUUUCUUAAUCCUGAGUACGUCCACAACACUUGAACGUGCACAGUUUAUCUGUGUGUGUGUGUGUGGCACACCAUACUGUACAACCAUUGUGGCAUGAGUUUGCAUACAUUUGGCAUGGCCAUCCCCAUCACUGUGCACAGAUAAAUCUUGUUGUUUCUAAUAUUUAAUUUUAGUUUUGAAGAUGAGCCAAGAGAGAUGAGAGAGCAAAAAAGACCGUCUGCAAUACCAACACACAUUGAUCACCAUGAUGAAGGUAUACCUUAUUGAAUUAAUAAUUAGCCAUAAAGUAAAUUUUUGACUCGAUAAUGAUUAAAUCCUAGAAUAAAUUUUACAAAAAAUUUGCAAUAAUUUUAGUGACUUGAAAAAAAAUAAUAGUGUGAAAAAUUUUAUGGCAAUUAGGUAAAGAAAGGUAGAGGGUCCUUAUUUCAUGUCAGUAGCUCAAAACAGUCAUCUGCAUGACUAACAAAUCUGAGGACGAUGGUGCACUCAUUUGCCCCCCCCCCUCCCCCGCCCUCUUCAUCAGUGCUCUGUUUUACGGGUAUUUGAAGCUUGCACAGAAUGGAAAGAAGUUGAAAGAAGGAUUAGUGGUGGUCACACCUGGGAAUCAAACUCGGGACCUCCUGCACAGAAAGCCUUGCACUAACCAACUGUGGUUAUCCUUCCUCCAACGGGGUUACAUUUUAUUUCUCGUAGAUGCUGCACAUGUAUCACCCAGUAGCUUUCAUUUGACAUGACACUACAGGAUGUCAAGCCAUCAGUUCUAAAAUCAGGACUAGCUGUUAAAAUAAAAGCUGGGGAUCCACAGGACACCUAGAAUGAUCACCUGUCCAAAAUCUUGCAGCAAUUAAAAAAAAACACUUAUGGUCAAAAGAACGACAAAUUUAAACAAUGGCAAUAACAUUUUGCGAUUUUUAAUUUUUGGAUAACAGUGGGGAAUAAAUAAAUAAUAAAUAGUGAUUAUGAAUCAUUUUAUUCUAUAAAUUUACCCUGGAUGUCAGGGUUAAUUUGAAAAUUAUGUGACUGUUUUUUAUCAUUAUUAUUUUUUAGGAGAUGAAGGGUGGGGUUCUGAUUUUGAUUCUGAAGAUGAUGAAGAUCACGAGGUAUGAUUAUCAAGCUUGAUAUAACUUUUUUUUUUCAUUAGAUCACAAGUUUAAUACACACUUACGUGUAGAACCUUAAUAGGUAAUGCAUCUGCUACACUGUACUUUUAUACUGUCUGCGGUGAAAUAUGGCCUGCAUUUAUUUAGCCUUAGAAAACAGCCAACAUUUCACCACCAGUGUUGGAGAAAAAAAAGGCAGAGAUUCCAUACUGAUGAUGUGUCACUACUCAGAACUGGGUUUUUUUAACAAAUACCCAGAUCAGUAUGACUGCAAAUAUAUUAUUCUUAAAUUUGCAAAAGAUUUUUCAUGGAGGAACCAAUGUAUAAAUCCAGAGAUUUCUGAAGACGUUUUGAUGAUUUCCAAAGGUUACCCAUCAACGCACUAAACCGUUUCCAUUUCUAGUUCCAUGAAGUGUUCAGUUAAAUGCUGUAACACCCUGGUAUUAGCUAUCCUUUCAAAAACAGAGAUUUCGGAGAAGUUGCGUUAUUGUUUCACAAAUGUACAUAAUUAUGUACUUUUGAUUUUUUUCUGACACCAAUUCAAGUAGUUUAUUUUACAUGUACUUUAAUACUUGUAUACUUUUUGGAAAUGUCAGUUGUAGUUGUAUUUAAGUCAGUUUUUCUGUUAGGGGUGAAAACAUGGACCUUGAGCUGCGCUAGUACGAGAUCAUAAGCAUUAAUUUUGAUCUGCAAACGUGAGACUCAUCCCAUUAAAGCGCAAGAGCUGGCGUGUACAACUCAAAAGGAGACUUUUUUUUGUAUUUGUAGGAUGUGGACAGUGACAGUGGCUCGGGUGGAGAGUACAUCGAACCAGAAGGAGAUGAGGUUUUCAGUCAUCAUGGAGAUGGUGAGUUUAUUUUAUUCUUUGUUGUUUAAAAAAAAAACUGCUGUGAUACAUCUAUAGUUAAUGAUAAGCAAUAAUUUGAAUUUUUAUUUUUCCUUUAUUUUCUAGAAUCACACAAUAAGGAGGUUCCUAAUGUUCCACUUGGCCUGGUAAGAUAUGUUAAUUUUCAUAAAUAAGACAUUUACCAGAUGGUAAAUGCAGUAAGUAUAUGGAAUAGAACGCCUGAGGCACAAGCUUGGAAAGACUUUGUAAUUGAGGAUCUGUAUUUUAAAGCUUGAUAUUAAGAAUUGUAAUGAAUGAAUGAACUCUUUUCUUUUCGCUGUAAACAAAAGCUUUUCGUAGCCAGAAGUAUCCUAAUUUGUUGUGUGUCUGUCUACAAUAAAUUAUUAUAAUGUUGUAAUUAUUAUUACAUCUUAUCACUGCAUGGAUUUUAUCAACAGAUCCAGGCCCUGUUUUCAGCCUUUUAGGACGGGUAUCUCUCACACUUCAGCUUUUUUUGAAAUCUUUUAUUCUCUGUAUCACUUAAGGUUGCGCAGCUAAGAGCAGGUUUGAAUGGAAGCAUCUCCAGAAAGCCUUUUAAUAGUCCAGCUCAUGGUCAGUCACCUGUGCAGGUCAGUCAAGCCAUUUUAUUCCCAGUCAAGUGUCUUAAUUUAGUGAAAGUAUACUACUGAAAAGGUUUCAUUUGAAUGGUUACACCACAAUUAUUUAUGCUCAUGAAUGUUGGGUUUAAAAUUGCUGCAGGUCGACAAUUAUUAUAUCUCUCAGCGAUAUUUAAGCAUUGUCCAGGAAAAAACCGUAACUGUUUCCUAAUAUCACAAGUUCUAAGAGAGCUGGCUUUUAGAGGGGUUUUGGGUCAUGCAUACCCAGAAAAUCUUUGAAUGAUUCUUUGAUUCAGUAGAUUUUAUUUUCUAUUUACUGGUAAUUCCAUCUUUUUAAUGUUUAAUUUUCUGUAGAAAAUAGUUAAGGUGGGCUGCAUAUGUUCAUGAUAUUUAAAAGUGUAAUAAUUAAAUGCCCAAGUGUACAAAAUUAAGAUCACUAGUGUCAUUGAUGGAUGGAUGCAGUUUCAGUCUAAUAACUUGAUCCAUUGGUAGAUCUCUGUGAUUGUAUGGCUCUGAUCUGCAGGGUUCUAGCCUGAGAAAACAGCCAACAUUCUAUGACACCACCUCUGUUUUCCCCACAAAAUGAUGUCUGAGAAACAAGCAUGGAAUUUCCAUGCUGAUGAAAUGGCAUGACCAAUCAGCAGUACAACAGUACAAUCAACCAGAUCUAGGUAGUGACAGGUCAUCACUACAUGGAAUUUCUGUUGCACAGUCUUUCCUCAGACGUCAUUUCGCAGACUUGAGAAAGCAGUGUUGGCGUCGCAGUAUGUCAGCUGUUUUCUCAGGCUACAAGGUUCUUUCUGCUUAAUUUACAAUAUUUGUAUCUGAUCUUCUCUGCAAAGGUGGCAUUGAAAUUUUAAUGUUUGUGAUUCAGAGCUACUUCUUGACCGUUUGUAUUUUUGUAUGAACAUGAGUUUGAUUCCUUAUAUUGUUCACAUACAGUGUGUAUGGUAGCAAAUCUUAAUUUCUCGAAAUACUGGAAGUUUGUUUUCUAAGACUGCAUCGGUGAAUUAAGUUACCAAGUCAAAUGGGGCGCCAAAAAAAAAAAACAGACCCAAGGAUAUGUACUAUUUUUUUUUAAUUAAGUAUUCGAAAACUUUACUGACAAGAACACUGACGGCUGCUUUAUAAACGUACUUUGAAUUUUUAUAGCCUCUUACUGUCUCAAUUGCUUUUCUCUUCUUCGUUUGAGUCAUCAUUACAGCAGACAAACAUCCAGGAUUCUGCAGUAAUUCGAGCUCAGGCUUUUUCAGUUGCCCAGAAUGUUCCAAAAGUUAUGGCAACAAGGUGUCGUUCGAGUCCGACUCAUGUAGAAUACCUUUUGGGGGACCCCCUUUCUUGAAAAAGGGACCCCUAAAAUUACAGAAGAGGAUCCAUUUGACCCUCAUUGGCCAAUUUCUAAAAUAAACCCUGGUUAUGUACCGUCACAAAUAAAUGCCAAAUUUCAGCCUCUAGGCUCUUAAAUUACUAGGUUAUUUAAUUCGGGUUUUAACUGUAAUGCAUCCUUAAAAAAAAUGUAUUAAACUGAAGUAAAAACCGAUAACAAGUUAGUAUAACAUCCUGUGUUGGAGACUGUGUAAGGUGCUUUUGGUGCUUUACCCUGAAAUUUUGUUGUGUUUGCUUUAAGUUUAUUUCAUUUUCCACAUAAUUUUAUGAAAUUCUGUAGCAUUACUAAUCUUCAUGUAAUACCACAAAAUUAUUUUGUCUAUUACUGGUAUUAACUUUCCAUGGCAAGGAAGUUGUAUUACAUUUCAUAUCUGUUGGUCAAAAACUAUUUGACGUGCUAACAUUGGAAACUGAUAAUGUGUGAAGUUUAAAUGAGACUGAAUUUAUUAAUCCUCCAUCCCCUAAUUUCACCAUCCAUAGUGUCUCUUCACAUUGUCCUUCAUACAUUAUUUUCUUGAGGUCUCAUAAAGAAUAAUUCAUUAAAGAACCAAGACAAUUCAUUUUUGGUGCUUUUACUUCCUUGAAUCUCGUGACCUUUGUGAAGUUACAGUGAUAUUGUAUUGCAUUCAGAGGGGGAAGUUAGUCUCUGAUCACAAUCAGAACUUUGGGGGUGAAGCUGCAUGCAUGUGUGGUGAACAAGUCAUGACAAUAUUGACUUGGUUUUGCAAAGCCAAUAAAUUGAAUUUUUAAUGAAUUAUUUUGAAAUACGUGUGUUCAUCACAAAAAAAAAAUUGUAUAGUAGUCAAGCUACAUGUAAGUUGAGGCCUUAAGCUGUGAAACUGACAGUUUUGAGGUUCAAGCGAAACUUCUCUUUGUCUCUCUCUAAAUCAUUUUGGAUUGUUACUAGGUUUUAAGCAAACUCUGAAAGAUAAUCUUAGUAGUUUCUAACUUUAUCAGCCAAUGGAAAACUACAUGGAAGUACAUGUAGAUGAGGAAGUUAAUUGCUGCUCCAGGAUUUUAGUAAGAAACAGUUCUGUCUCUGCUUGAUCAAUAAACGGGAGGCUUGAUCUUAAACUUUUGAUCUCUGAUAAACUUUAAAGUAACUGGCAGAAGGCUGUAACAUGCUGUAACAGUUUCUCAUUUGUCUGACUUCAGACUCCACCAGUUGAUGAAGAAAUUUAUGACAUACCACCAGAAGAGGAAGAAGGUAUGUUUGUAUUGUUACAGUGUUUUCGUAGUUUAGCUUACCUUGAAAUUCAAUUGUUUAAGUCGUGACUAUGAGUCGUGGGUCAGCAUAUCGGUGGAGAAUUUAAUGUAGUUGCAGAUAUGCUGAUAAACAGUCGCUGAAGCAAAAAGUACAGUGUAAACCAAACGGCUAAUACAAUGAUGAAGUUUUCCUUCAUUCCUUAUUCAAAUGCGAUCAUAUAAAAUACGUUAAUAGGGAAAUUUUUAUUGACUGCAUUUGGUUCUUCAGUAAGUUUGGAGACUGUUACGUGAUUCGUGGGUUUCAUAACCUCUUGGCAAGCUUAUUAUCACCUUAGCUUUCAAUUAUAAUAAAAAAUACUAUGCGGCUUUCAAUGAGUUAAUAACAAUUUAAAGAAUUUUCGUUGUGGAUUGUGAAAUAAAACAGUGAUUAUCCUAAGCUUUGGAGAAACUGGGUUUUCAAGAAAAAAUAGCUAAUUAAAAGCGAAAAGCAUCUUCACGUGCGUGUUAUCUUUAAUUUAUUUUAAAGCUUGGAUAUGACUCGCUUAUCAGGAAGUUGCUCUUAUUUAGGAAGUCGCUUACCAUACAAAUCAAAGUAUGAAGUCUUUACGUCAAAGUCUGAAGUGGUUUAUAGAAAGAAUGCUCCGAGCUUUAUGGCUUAUUCAGUUAAAUAGACAACCUAUCAGCAUAAUUUAUUCUUUCACAAUGUUUUGAUUCAGUAAAUGCCUAAAUUGCUCCUCACGUUCCAGAAUUUAUUGUUAACUUUGCGCAUUUUGAACUUGGUACAAAUCACCGCGUGCAGUUGAGAUAAUUUUACUGAUAUUGUGCCGUAGUUUUAUUUAUUGACGACUUCAAUACACUUAAAGGUCAUUUCUUUUCCUGCUAAUAUUGUCUUUGGCUUUAUUCGUAAGAAUAUUAAGUACUUAUUUGCUAUUAAUCAUAGCAGGAAUCGAGCUUUUUCAACAUUCAGUGCGUUAAAUAUCAACUCGUUUUGGGUCCAUUUAUAGAACGCUAAUUAGCUUAAAUUCUUUGUUCUGCUAUCUUUUCAUCACAUAAAUCAUUAUAUUUAUUAAGCUUAUGUUGUUAUUUUUUUAGUUUAUGAAGAACCAAGCGACGACUCUGGAUCAGGUAGGAUUCAAAUAAACCUGUAAUUAAGACUGUUUGGCAGCCUUUACAAUCUGAACUGAAUUCUCGUCUUCAAAGCAUAUACCCUGUUCCAUCUCUCAAUAUGAAGUAGAUUUCAGCCAAGCCACAACCAAUGACCACAAAAGUCUUAAAGCUGAGAAUAGAAAACUUAUUCAACCGACUCUUAGCCGGUUGUCUUAAUUUUAAAUACGUUUAAUUAUCUUUGAUUUAUUUUAAGCUUAUUUUCUUCCUUUUUAAGUCCUUCUCUCCUUCUUUUUCUCUUCCCUCUGUUUGUUGGCUUAAUGAAAAUUUAGCCUAACAUGUACAGUACUAAAACCGAUAGACCCUAAGAUCUUAUGAGCUUGUUUUAUUGGGCGCUUUCCAUUUACCAAGAAAAUUCCGGGAACACACGUUUUCCUGGACGUUCCACUGAAAAGUUCCCGGGACUCAAGUGGAAUUUUGAAAAGGUGGUCCUGUUUACCCGUUGGAAAUUUUCCGGUGAAAAAGCAUGUUCCAUUUACGAGGUUUCACAAGGAAUCUGUGCCACCAUCUUGAAUUUUGGUGACAAGAGCAUAAUCGAAUGGAACUUGUGUCAAAUGGAACACGUUCUUCACUCGUUCUUGACGCAUGUUUCCCGCCAAAAAUGCUCGGUACCUUAAAUGCGAUAUUUAACAUUGGCUUACAUACAGUAUGCGGAUGGCCGACGACGACCCGAAAAUGACGUCACAAUGUUCAAAACUCAAGUGGAACCGCGAGCGAAUGGUUUCACUGCAAAGUUCUUCCGCCGGCAGUGCUCGACACUAAUUUUUUUGGACACUAGGCAUUGGGCAAGUGAGUUUAAGAAAUCACUAGCCCACGAGGAAAAGCCACUGGUCCAAGAGGAAUUGAAGUGGUUCGAAACUUUACAAGUGUCAGAUACUUGUAAAGUUUCAAAUUUUGUAGCCUGUACUAGGCCAGGGUUCAGAACUUUUUUGACUCUUUAUCGAGUCCAAAUAGAAAUCUUCCGUUCUGUGACAAAAGUAGAGUUCGAAUUUGCUUAUCACUACUGUUCGAGUCCAUACAAGUUCCACAGUAUGAAUCGCAACCAAGGAUAUGUUUUCUUCUAACUUGGUUGAAAACGUCUCGACCGCUUAUCGCACUUCUUUUUCUCUUCAUGCUGUGUGUGGUCCUUCGGUAAACAAUGAAAAUCUGCUUCAGCAUCAUUGGCUGUUAAAGGGCACUUUCUCGAAAAAGGAUAGAAAAAGCUUUUUCAUUCUUGCGGUGAAUGUAUGCGAAUAAAUUCCUAGAUGAACUACGGCGGCUCUCACCCAUGGCCAGGCCCCUACUUUAUUGAGUGACACGGAAACAAGGACGUAAUUCCAUUUCCAGCAUGGCAUCCGUGCUGCGGCUGGAGUCAAUCCUACGAUAUCUCCAUGGCAUGGAGAGCAGUCCGUUGGCUUACAUGUACAGCAAGGAGGCCAAAAGUGUGACCUCCUUUAAUUAACUCACAUUCUUUCAUGCAGACAUUAACCAAUCAGAAGUUAAGGACAGUUUCCAGCUGGGAAUGUGAAUAAAUCAUUAAGCGGUCGCACUUUUGGGUUCCUUGCUGUAAUACUCAAGCUAUAGAAACUAACUACUGGUGAAGCGUUUUAAGGAAAGAACUUCCCAAGGUAAAGAGUUGUAUUAACAACUGCGUCGCUGAGUGUAGGUGGGUGCCCGGGAUGUCCAGGGGCUUCCACCUUUGGCACAGCCAGCCCCUAGACAGAGUUACGCGCCCAUGGCUGCAAACCCGCGCCCUCCAGCCUUGAGCCCCCACGCCAAUGGAACCAGGCACCCGUCACACUGAUUGAACAGUGGAAGAAUUAAGUGGGGGGAGGGAUUGGGUAAAAGAAUGAUCCACAGGCUAAACGAAGAGAAUGGCCGCCACGAAAACACUGUACUGAGCACAUGGAGACGAUGCAAGCAAGGCUGACCGCGCUUGAGCCAAACGACUGACCGCUGGCCACGCUCGCGCUCCUUGUUGUGAACUCUGUUAAAUAAAUAUUUAAUAUUUAACCUCAUGAAAAUUUAUUUUUUCCGCUAAACUAACGGACCUAGGGGUUAGUAGGAGCACAUUUUUACUCGCCCAGCGUUAAGUUUCCCUAGUCGUGGCCGCUUAGUGGACUAGCGUUAGUGUCGAGCACUUGUGUACGUUUCGACGUCAUAUCUAUGGUCAAUAAGGGUACAAACCAUGGAAAGUUGUUGAUUUGUUUUUGACGUCCAUGUCUCGGAAAAUCUCGCCCGCAAUAAAGAGAAAAGCAAAUUGCGUCACCAUCACUCAUUGUGAAAACUACCUUUGCUAUUCGCUGGUUUUGGACUGCGCGUUUCUCACCACGCAUAACAAAAUAGAAGCCUUGGAAAAGAGCUCCUACAGUAACGUUACUGAAAUUAGGUUGAUCAAAGAGAAAAGUUGAAAGGUUUAGAGAACAGUCUUUCUUAGUUGGCCAGUGGAAUUACCUGAUCUGCUUUCAGAACUGUAUAGUCUCCAUCUCUUUCCAUUGGAUAAUCAAUUUUUCUUUACUCCUGAGGUACUCUCAACUAAUGCACUCUAAUGUACGUUGCAGGCAUUGUAGUCCGCCCCAUGUCUAAAUCGAAACUGAUCAGGUGCCCAUCUGAAACAUCAGGAGAAUAUAUUGAUGCUAGGGUAAGUUUACAAUACAGUAAAAACCCGCGAGUAAGAAUCUACAUUUUCUGGAGUUAGCCUAAACAGGUUCUUAUUUAAAAGGUAGUUAACACAAUUUUAGGCUAUUUAGGUUCUUAAAUAGGUUCUUAUUCCUGCCAAAAAAAAAAAAAAAAAAAAAAAAAAGCUACAAAACAAGAUGGCAAUCAGCCUCUUGCACUUUAUUUUUUUAUUACAUCAAUAAAUUAGCACUUUUAUUUGCACAGCAAUGCCAAGCUCCUCAUUCGCCAGACAGGAUUCUUGCACAGCUUUGCAGCUGCAUUUCACUAAUAUGAUUUUAAAAAAUAAGAACCUGUUCUUCAUUGUCUAGGCUAAGUAGGUUCUUGUUUAUGGGGGUAUAAAUGGCAAAUUUUAGGCUCACAGGUUCUUAAUUUUCAGGUUCUUACUUGCGGGUUUUUACUGUAUGUAGGAGGGAGUAUAAUCUCUGCCCCACACGCCCACUUGCACCCCAAACCCGGCGGAAGAAUGCCAGAACCUAGCAAAAUACUUGAGAGCUAAAAAAGCCAAAUGAAACCACUUAAGUAGAAUUUUUGUCUAUUGCAUAGAUAUACAGUCUAGUGUAAAAUACAGGGUGUUACCAUUGGUUUGUUUUGAAAAAUAUUGUUCAACAGCAUUUCUUUAUUCGUUUAUUUAAACACUCUAAUAAUGAUAUAUUUUUGUUGUUGUUGUUUCUUCAGCCUCCAACGUGCAGCGACGAGGAUAUAGGUACUGGAUCAGUUUUAGUAAAUAUUAACAACUGACUUGAAAUUAUUAAGAAUAAGUGUACGGCUGACGCUUUUUUCCGAUGUCUUUUUCAGUUUAAAGUUAAAGCUGAUCUCUGUCUUUUUUAAAUUAUAGGUCCUAGUCCUCUUCCCCCUGCUCGGCCACCAAAGCCAGGUCCAAAGGUCAUCAAGCCACCUCCCAUGCGGCAGCCUCCACCCCCCAGAGAACCGGUUUGUAAUCUCGUAUUGUUUUAAAAUUCUUAACUUAAAGAGAUUCAGUGUCGACUGGAGGCAACGACAACAAUCUUUAUUUGGACUGUAACUUGUGAAAUAAAUAAAUAGAAUUCCUAUUUAAGGUACAUACAGUAGCUGGCCAGGCAAAGUACUGAUUUAGUUGGUUGACAACCAUUCAGUCUCUCAGAAAAGAGGCUUAUAAAAUAUAUGAAAUAAACGAAAUUAUACGCAUUUUUCUCGUUUCAUCACAAUAGAGACUUACAGCAACUAAAGCGUUCACCACCUGUAGCGGUUACAGAUUGUAAUGGGAAGGAAGUCUAUCUUUUCUCUCUUUUAAUGCUCUUUCUCUCCAUAACGUCAUUCCAGAAACUAUAAAGGGAAUGGGUUCAAGCUUUCAGCGCAACGAAUUUGGGAUUGUUUGGGCGGACUUGCGUUGCUUAUGAUUGGGUAAUGGUUUCCUUGAAUACCAUCGACCAAUCAUAACUCACGCUUGUCUAUCCCAACGACCCCAGAAGUCACUGCAACUAAAGCUUGUACCCAUUUUCCCUAGAGUUUCUAAAGUGAGGAAUAGCAGAGAGUCGUGAGGAGAAAAGCUUUUUGAAGUUGUUGAGUUAAACAGAAACGUUCCACCCGGCUAAUACCAAGCUUUAGGUUGUUGUUCAUGACGACUGAGACAUCAACGAGUUUGCUAGUGACUACUCUGUCCUGUGAGCUGCAAUGCAGAGGCGUUCGCUUGGCACAAAUGUCACAAAUAAAAGACUGAAAAUGAAUGUAAACGUAACCAUAAACCAACGUGGCAUUAAAAUACCGUCCAGACGCUGACUCGUCCCAGUCGUCUCUCUCCAUCUCUCCUUGGUGGCCCGAGGGGUGUGAUGGGGACGAGUCAGGUCCAGACGGAUUUAUUUGCGGGAGAGUCAGGUCACGCCAUUUUUAGGCGAUUUCAGUACUUAACAGAUAGAAUGAAAUAUCAAAAAAACUGCUUCAAAUUGUAGAAGAACACAAAAGAUAUACAGAAAGGAGAAAACGAAGCACGGGUGGUUCGAAAGGAGAAGAUUAAAAUUGUUGAUAUAUGAAGAUGUGACUCGAUCACGACUAUAAGCCGUUUGUAUGUGUACUACAUAGUCUAUAUGUAUUACGUUGCAGGAAAUAUAUGAUGAAGUACCAGAAGACGACCAGCCAGGUUGUUCACAAGUCAUUGAAGAAUAUGAACCAUACCCACAAAAUGAGCAGCCGGGGAAUUCACAUGUUGUCGAAGAAUAUGAACCAUUUGAACCACCGAUUGGUAGCUCUUACGCCGAUCAAGAAACUUAUGAAAUUCCACAAAAUGAAUCACAAGAAACUUAUGAGAUUCCCGAACAAUCGGGACAGCCGGAACCGGAAACAUAUGAGAUACCUGAACCAGAACCAGGUAGUUAUGAUGGUAGUAGUUAGUAAGUAAGAAUAGUAAGUGAGAAUGGACGAAAAUACAUUUAAUGAGUUACAAAUCAGUUAUCUAGAAAUGCGUGGUAUCGCAGAACCUCGCGAAGCUCGGGGAGGGCGAGAGAAGAAAUGUAGUAAAAUGUGUAACAGGGGAGGGGGGGGGGGGCAGGUUUGAACACCAGCUUUAAUAUUGGAAGUUGAAAUGUACGCUGUACUCAAUCUCCUUUUGGCUAUAGUAAAUUCAAACCCUGUGCCCUGGCUUGAAAAAGGAUCUGGGAUCUAAAUGGGGUUGCUGUUGUUAAGGAAGGGUAGCCAAAGUUGCCUAGGUCUCGUGUUCACCCCAUUUGACCCUCCUACAUGUGUAGUUAUUGUCAAAAGGUUUUAAUAACAUAAAUUAAAGGAGCUUUUUCGUCUCGAAAUUCAAACUAUGGGAACUGCUAACAAAUUGGGUGAAACAUUAAAAUAACCGCGGAAAACGAUUGAAGAAGGUAUAAAUGAAACAGCAAAUACCAAAGGAGGUAUGGAUUGACAAACUCCAAGAAGAUUUUAAAAGGCGAAUUGCAAUUGUGCUUUUUGAGGACUUGUUAGCCUAUCAGUUUGCCAAAGUUCAUUUUUGUUGUUUGAAGUAUUGCCUGCGCGGGAGACAUAUUUGUUUGACACGAAUCUGUGAUUUUGUCAUUCACAGUAAUUUCUCAAGUUUCAUAGCGAAUAAGGACGUGUUAUUGGCAUUAUUAACAAAGUGAACUAGUCAGCCAUGACACAGACACUUGAAAAUAAGCUAGAAAGAAUGCACAAAAGCAAUUGUUGACGGUGAUGAUUAUGAUUAAAUAUCAUGAUUAUAAUAUGAUGUUGGUGACAAUGAAAACGGUAACAUACAAAUGACGAUGGUGAUGAUAAAUGAGGAGGUAAUUCAUUUGAAUAGUAACACUAUUGAGUUUUUAUUCAAAAACUCGCGACUUAGACCCUGUUUACGUGGAGUGGAGGUCCCAGUUUUAGUGGGGUAGGUUUCUUUUGUUUUGUUUCCCCCAGAGCGUGAAAACAAAAGAAACCAACCCCACUAGACCGGGGUCCCCCACUCCAUGUAAACAGGCCCUUAGAAAACCAAAUGUGACGUUAAGGGCAAAGAGUCCCAGUUUGUACCAGUUUAUGUUAUAAUUAAGAUAGCAUGGAGGAUCUAGCUGAUGUGUCAGUUACAUCUCAUGUCGCCAUUUUUUAUUCUUGUAAUAAAAAUAUCGAGAUUUAGAGUCGCGUUUAUGGCUAACGGCAAACGUGAAUUUGUACGACGUGGUGAGGUUUUCACUUAACUUGUGCUUCAGUUACUGUUCACUACUUCUACUUCAAAAUCAGUAGCUUUACGUUAGUUUUGUCAAUAACAAUUGUCUUGCACAGUUUUAAACUUAAUCUUGAAUCUAAAUCUCUCCAUUGUUAACUUGGAAAACUCUUGUUAGCUCUGCCAGCACGCCCUCCACCGAGAGAAAAAGGAUGGAACCCUUUAAGAAAGUUAUCAUUUACUGAAAAAGCCGCAAAACCACUUCCAAAGGAACCAGUCAAACCAGGUACGAGUUAGCCAUUUGCUUCAACUUUUAAAGUAGCAAUUAAAAAAAAUAAUGAAGUUGCUGUCGCCGGCGAUCGGACUGGGCGGGGAGGGGGGUGGGGGAAUUUUUUUUUUUUCCGAGCUCUGUAAUUCUCACCCCAUGUUUCAAUUGUCACUGAACUGUUGUUACUUUGUUUCUAUAGCCAAACCCAUGCCAGCGCCUAACAAACCUCAUAUCAGUCCAAAGCCAGGAGCACAGAAGGCUACUUCUGUGAAAAAAACACCAGAACAACAGCCUAGAGGAUCAAGGCUGUAUCCCAGUCCCAAUAGUACAGGUAUUUGCUUGAUAAGUGUUAACAGAGAGGAGAAGAGUGACGUCACAUUGCCAUGGUAGCAACAUUUCUGGAUCACAACAAUGAGGAACUUAAGCAACGACGACGGCGACGGCAACAAGAACGGCAAAAAAGCAAUCGGCUUAUAUUAUUAGCAAAACAACAACUUUGCACGUGCAUCAUGCUUUUUUUGUACAUUUCUUAGCCGUCGUUGCAAGUCUGCGACAUAGAACUUCUUAAUUUCACGCGCCCGCUUUAUGGAGUUGGCGAACGCCGCACAAAAUUAUCUUUUUCGUUUUCUUAACCAGAUCCUUUCGGAUUCAGCCCUAGACAAUUUCGCCAAGAUUUUACAAAUUGAAUGAAAUUGAGUAAGAUCGAUGAAGUUUUAAACAGUGCGAAUUCGCUGUUUAAGUGAUGUUUUCGGUUUGUUGUCAUCCAGAAAUUUUGCCACCAUGGCAACGUGACGUAACGACUUCUCUCUAUUCUAUUCGCCACUUUAAAAACGAGAAGAAAACUGGGUCGAGUUAACUUUCGCAAAGACUUCUUGGACUGUUACUAGGGACAGGGAAAAAAAUUGACCAAUAACUGAUCGACGCAUCCCUAGUAACAAUCCCAGAAACUAUUGCGGGCCGCAUACUGGUUCCAGUUUCUAAGGUGACGAAUACAUUGCUGGUUAGCGUUAGAUAACAUCGAGUGAAGCCAGAUUAGACACCUUAUGAAUUUUACACAAGGCAUUAUUUCCAUAAUGAGACGAGACUGGAAUGUAGAAUGAAGCUAGAAUAGCUGAAGAAACCAAAACUACGGAGCUCCAGUUAUGGAGAGAACACAGUAGAGAGUUAAGUACUGAUCUGAAAACAGUUAGCUUUCAAAUAUUGUAAUGGGGUACGGCUUAAGAACAUGUAUAUUUUAAAAAUUACUGGAUUUGGCAGCUAUUCCUCGAUGGUGUAGUGGAUGUGGAUGUAGGCUAUAAAGCAAGUGACCCGGGUUCAAAGCAUCACAGUGGAGUUUUUCUAUUUCACUUUUAUAUUACACAGUAAAGUUGGACUUAAGUUGUUCUUCAUGUAAUUUUACUGAAAGAAACAAUCUGACUUCAGCCGAUGUUAGCUAAUGCUAACCUACAUUGCUGCCUGGUAGGAUCUGCUUGGGUAUACCAGGGUAUACCAGGGUAUACCAUGGUGUGCUACGUACAGACUAUCACUCCCUGAUAGGUUGAACAUAACAAUAGCUCAAAUAACACGUUCCAUAGCUCAAAAGGGCUCUGUCACGCUAUUUUCUGUCCUUGUAAAAAGCUUAAAGGUCAAAUGAACUAAAAAAUUGAAAUAUUUUCUUUUGUCGCUUUACCUUCACCAAACACUAAAAAGAAACAUCUUAAGUGAGAUUUGGGUAAAGAUUUUUCUUCCCAAGCCUUUAUAGAAAGAUAAAAGAUCAAAAUCCGAGCAUUUCCGAAGACUUCACGAAAACGUUUCUGAAAUGGCCGCGUGAUAGGCUGGAGACUACGUGACGUCAAUGUUGGUCUUUCAGGGAGGAAAAACGUUCUGCGCAAGCUUGUGCCAGGGCGGAUAACCUUUAUCCGCCCUGCUUCUGUGCAUCCCUUAUCGCCUGCGUUUGUUUGUCUCGUUCUGUGAGAGUUUUGACUGAGACUGAAUAAAAUGCACGAGGUGCGAACGUUUGCUCCUUGUAAAGGCUUUUUUGUUUUUGUUGUUGUCGUUUUUUCGUCACUUGAAAAUUACUUGGGAUUCAGAACAACCAAUGUUAGAGUAAAAACAGGUCAUUACGUCAGUCUGAGGUGGAAUAAAACGUUUUGAACAUUUCCAAACAGGUUUGUAUUUUUCUGAUUCGAUUUGUGACUUGAUUUUGUGUCCAGUGCUUCGCCUUCUUUCGCCGGGUUGAAUUAAAACCUGCUUGUAUUCUGUUAUUAGUAGUUAUGGUUACUUUUUUUAUAUGCCCAGAUUUAUUUACCUUUGCAGAACCAGCUUUAUCCUUGUCUUCACUGAGUCAAAGAUUCGUAACGGCUAACGCAUGCGAGUGAACAACCUUGUGCGCUUUUUAAGCUUUUAAGUUUUAACUAUGAAACUUUCUCGGAACUUUAGAAGGCCAGCAAGCUUACUCGCGAAGAAAAGACUACUUCGAUCAUUUUCUGUUGCUCAAGUAAUAAUAGUCAGAGUUUUUUCCUUUAGUUUUUUUAGUUUUAAUUACAUAGUUUUGUUAUCUUUCUGUACGCAAAUCUUCCUUUCAUUCGCUUUGAAGUAGUGGAGAAUCUGGAAAACGACAACUGCCGGCAGUGACUCCAAAACAAUCGACUCUUUGCCUGUAAACAAUUGCUGGAGCUGGAUUUGACUGAAGCGAGCAAAACAAAUCCUUAUGUGCAGUUUUCUGUAUUUUCUAAUAAUUCAUUUUGCUGAGUUUAAUUUGCUUGAAUGAAGACCCUCGCGUGGACCAGUUUUUAAAUAUAGCUAAAUGGUGAAUCAUGGAUUGGGUGCGAAGCUUGCAACUCAUCUUUUGCUUUUAAGAUCUUUAGGUAGGUUAUUUUGCACAGAAAAUUCACUUCUUCAUUGUCAGCGGGUAUAAGAGCCUUAAGCCUUAUGUUUUUUUGAAUGGAAAUUUGUUGUUUUGCAACCUUAUCACUGAAGCUUUUUUUUAGUUCUCUUAAGCUGAAUUUUAUGCAUGAUGGAAUUGUUCUUUGCUUUCGCCUCUCUUUGCGAGCUAAAAGUGGCGUCUAUGGUCCUUAAAGUGACCUCGGUCGGUAAUUGAAUCAUAGACAUAACUGGAGAGAAGUUUUCGCAAUAAUGUAACUUCAACUUUGUUUGAAGGAAAUCUUACUUGGUUUUUGACAGGUGUUAUGCAUGUUCAACUUGACAACACAAAGGAAACUUUAUCUGUGCGAAACGAUCAAGUUUAAAAAACUGUAGUUGCUUUGAAACCGAUUUUGGGAAAGAUUUUACUAGAUAAAGAUUAACUCUUUUUCUGCCAACAUAUCAACGCCAAAACUUCUACAUUGAGGAUUUUGUUUAUAUUUUAGUGCUUUGCGAAGCGCAAGUGUCCGAUCGAGCCUGGGUUUUAAAAUAUCAGCUCGAGUGCGACAAAGUUCAAUAACUUCAAAAACAUUUUGGGCAAGCGUGAAUUUCUUUGGACAAAUCACUAUACAAAGAUAUUUUGUUUUUGUGUCCACAGUGGAGCUCCGGACCUUAUAUAUCCAGAAACGUCCUAAAAUGAACACAUUUGUGAAUUCAUUUUGAAAAAAAUCGGACCUAUGCACGCACAUUUCCAGUACAGUGCAAGGAAAUUAAUGCCGUUGUGAAAGUCUAUUUUACUAUGAUGUAUUCUUCGAGAAAUUUAAAUAAUAAGGUUAUAACCACAGCUUGUAACUUUUGAAGACAAAUUGCUUGCUCUUUCUAGGUUUAUGGCCGCACAAACCACCACAAUUUCUGCGCCAAGUCGACUCGAAAAACACUGUAUUGAAUUUCCCGCUUUUUUCAGCUGACCAACAUUGACGUCACAAACUGUUCUUAACGACAAUUUUUCCGACCGCUCUACGAAGAUAAGGGCCAAAAAAUAACAAUUUUUAAUUGCAAAUAUCUCAGAGAUGCUUGCUUCAAUUGAGCUGAAACUUCAUAGUUUGUUUAUUCGGUUCAUAUUUCACUAGAAUUGAACUAAAAUAAAAAAUGUCGAAUUUUUGGUUCAUUUGACCUUUAAACGUGUCUGUGCUUUCUCAUCCGAAAUCGAUACUAUAAUAGUACUCGCUUAAAAGAAUAAAGCGCGCCCUAAGCAAAGGCGUGUAUUGUGAUUCACGCGAGUACUUGGGGGAUUUCUCGUGCUACUGCCCUUUAAACCUUAACUUCCAGAUGUUAACUCUGACGCCUUUAACAACGGAGCACCGCGCAUUCAUUUAUGAACUAAAAAGUGAUAUAUCACUAGUAGCUGGCAGACCAAGGGGACAUAUUUGAUAUUUAGAAUCAUGCGAAAGUGAGCUAAAGUUGGUUUGCGUACAUUUACGUUCAUCCUUAAGUCUAUCCUCUUGAUUUCUAGGACCCAUAAAACUUCCUGCAGCGAGAGGACCAUCAUCGCACGUGCUGUCUCCGCCUUCGCCGAAGCCAGGUAAUUCUCAACAUACGCCUCCAACUGCUCCAGCGAAGAAAGAAGAAAACAAUAACAUUACCAACAGCAACACUCAAUCUUCAAGGUAUGAUUCAUGUACAGGAUCCUGACCAAGACUAGUCUGCUACACAGCCGUUUUUAGAGUCGUCACGCAACGGCGUGUCGUUGCGUGACGACACUAAAAACGGCUGUGUAGCAGACUAGACCAAGACUUGAGAGUUUGAAAAGUAGUGUAUUGUAAACGUGUAAUACAGUCGAACAGCCCAUCAGCAGAGAUCCUGAGACCAGAGAAAGUGUCUGCUUAGAAGGAUUUCAGCCUAAGACAGGUUAAACAUCCAGUGUUUGUAUGUCACCUAGUCUGCGCUAGCAUUCCCUCAGGAUUGUCGCGUGCGCUGGGAUGUUACGUGCGAGCAAGCGAGGCAAACGCGCGAAGGAGAAGACGAAGGAGGGACGACAACAGUCCAUUUCCGGGUUUCAAAUUUCUCACUUUCAAAACGAGGCUAAGUGCAAAACUUUUCUUGCGAUAAUGAGUUUCAUUUGCAUGAGAAUAAAAAAUAAUUUUCAUAUCAAUAGCUUUCCACAUAACUUCGCUUUAAUAAUAAUAAUAAGUAAUGGUAACAGGACUGAGUGGAGUCCAAUUCGGUCUGUAAUCAUACGAGUGAUUAAAUUUCCGACGAGCAUCGCCACCCCUUUUAUAUGCGGAGUCCACCCCCCCGGGGGUGCGAAUUAUUUAGGAAGAUUUUGUAAUUUUCAUUCUUUCCUUCUUUCAGGAUCUCAAUGCUCGGAGGGCCCACAUCUGCGGCCGAAGACUCACCACCCCCACCACCCCCUCCUAGACCAGGGUCUAAAACAGCUGCUAAUAAGGUAUGCCUCGUGGUAGUCAUGGUGCAGUCAACAAUUUUCCACGCAAGUUUAGACAUUUGAAUCACCGCAGAUAGCAAAUUGGAGUCAUAUUACGAAAAUCGCAGUCGAAUUAAUCUGGGGCUUCAUGUGGUCUCUGAAGGUGUUUUUUUUCGCACUGUUUUUAGUCUCAGACCCGCUAUUUAACUUGAGAGAGUUUAAGUGAAGGCGUUUUUGAGUUACGCUCGUCAACUAGAAGUGGACUUUUGUAUUCUUGGGCAGUGGUUUUACCCAUCAUACUACUACAUGAGAAAUUUCUGCAGUUUGAUUGGCUUAUAACAGUGGUAUUUCGGCUUAAUUUGAAAUUCCCAGAGAUGAAAAUUACAAACCUUUUGCGGGUAGUAGUAUAAACAAAUAAUAGCGUGAUUUGUACAUGAUAUUUGGCAUAAAUACCACUAGUGAUAUCUCAAAAUUGUCUCAAAUUUCACUCGCCUAACGGCUCGUGAAAUUACGUACAACAAUUUUGAAAUAUCACUUGUGGUAUUUAUGUCAAAUAUCAUUACUAAUCAUGCUAUUACUUAUACAAAUCUUAAGCAAAUAGUCGUUAUGAUAGUAAAGACACUUAACAGUUAAAAUUUGGUAGCGUCAAGGCACUCUAAAAUGGAAAACGCCUUGCGUCCGGUUGGCUUGGGUAGCUCAAAAACGUCUUUGUUUAAACUCUGUUUUGUCUGUCUAGAACAGUGCGCUUUUGUGUGGUAAAAUCGCGCAAUCUGAUUCGUUCAAUGAGUUUGUCGAUGAUUGCCUGCUGAUCGUCGUCGGCGUCUGUUACGUACACAAGACUCUGCGGAAAGUGCCCAUCACCCCUCCCUUAGUCAAACAUUUUGCCUUAAGUGAGAAAUUAGUAUUUUUAACGUUGUAUUAGGGGAGGGAUGGUUUGGCAAUUUCCUGGAAUGUUAUACUUAAUCUCUUACUCAAAGAUUUUCUUCUUCCUCUUUUUGUUGCCUUCAUUGAUUUCUUGUUCCUUUUUCUUCGACCCGAAUGGAUAUUUUUUCUUUCUUUACUUCUUCUGCCAUUCUUCUUGGCAGCUGAACAGUCAGACACAGCGGUGGUACGAAAAUAAACCAUUCAACUGUAUUUUUUUCACAGCCUCCUCCUACGAAGCCCUCAAGACUAAGGUUUGUUUUGAAACUUAAUAUAGUUGCAUUUUUUCUUGUCUGAUCAAUCAUAAAGACAAUGAGUAUGCCGUGAAUUUUAUUAGUAAGGACCCUGUUUUUUAGGAAUCAUGCCCAAUUUUACUAUUAUUAUCUAUUUCAAUUUUGAAAAACUGUAUGAUUUUUAUUGUAAUCCUAAACGUGAGCUUUCGGCUUUUUCUAUUAAAUUUUCUUGGAUGCAAUUCAUUCCGUAUUCAUAUAGAGAUCGUUAGUAAAAAUGUAAUAGGGAUUGUGGCCAAUGUACAGCAAGCCAGCUGUUAUGAAAGGGUCAGGCUACGGAAUUUGACUGAAAUACAGUGCGGGUUUCAGAAAACGUUAACGGGUUACGGGAUUUGAUUGCUUCUGGGGAAACGGGAUUCUCCGAAAUUUCGGCAUGGAUACAGGAUUGGGAAAGAAAACGAUAUUCGGGAUUUCGUUGACAGAGGUACGGGACGCGGGAUUCUCAUGUGUAGGAGUGGGAAUGCGCGCUGGAUCAGGACCCCCGUUCCAGACCUGAACCCAGUUGUUCAAAGGCCGAUUAGCGCUAACCUGAGGUUAAAUUUUAAUCCGGGUUUAUUUUUCUCGAUUAUUUUUAGAGCAUUCAAUUAACGAAUUUAUCACGAUUCAGAUUGUAGUUGUAAGGGUGAUUAAUGUGUUCUUGCUUUUAUUGUUGUCUCUUCAGCGAUUCAAGCAAACCAGGUAAAGGAAUUUUUCAAUUCAUCCUGUACUGAAAAUAACCAGUGAUUUUGCAAAGGUGGUACACAUAUGCUUGGGGCGGGGAAGGUGAUGAGUAUCGCAAGUAUUUGGAGCCGGAGUGAAAUUCUGCUUAAUUUCUCGAUUGUCUGGGAUUUUCCGAUAUACGGAAACCAAGCUCUUACAAUUUUUUUGCUUGUCUUAUUUUGUGUUGUAGACGAACCUACAAGUCCGCCCAAGGGUCUUCGUCCUCUUCCAUCACAACCAAAGGUAAGGUCCCAGUCUUUGUGUUAAGUAAGGUCCUCAGGGGCGGAUCCAGGAUUUUUCCUAGGAGAGGGAGAAACUCUGAGGGAUGGCGUAAAAUGCCGGUGACGUAAACAAAUUUUAAAAGCGAAUACGAAGAAGAAGGCUUUUGACUAGGCAAUAACAUCAUAUGAACUGCCUUUACUUGCUUAAUCCGAUAUAAUCUCGCAAAAUUUUCAAAACUGCGCGCCAUUGCUCAUCCAUUGUUGGACAAACCAAAGAAAAGAAGUUUCCCGUGACGUCAUCCGUGCGUCUGUACUUUAAUAGGCUGAUUUAGCAACAAAAAAUUGAACGUCAGUUGACGACGGAAAAGUGCAUUUAAAGGAGUCGCCCAAGUGCCGCUCUCCCAUUGUUCAAGCAAGUUCUUUGUAUUUGCGCGCGCUGUCAUCAACUGACCUUCCCGUUCUGUUGCUAAAUCAGCCUAUCAGAUCAUGGGCAACGACCGAUCACAGGGCGCGUAGCAUGUGCUUCAUUGUCUAAAGUCAGAUAAAAAAGGGGCACCUUUCAUUUUAUAAAUUUUAUUAUUAUCUCUAGUCACCUGUUGAUCAGCUGAAAACUUCUCCCUGGUUCCAUGGGCCUUUGGACAAGAAGGUAGCAGAAGAUGCCUUAAAAUCUUUCUCCAAGGUCUGUGUGCCUUUGUACUUUAAAAUGUUUCGUUUUAUUUUUCUUUUUUCUCGCCUGCGUUGCAGGCGCCGGUUGGUUGCGGGCGACAAGAGGAGCCCUGAGUCCUAAUCUUCAGAUUGCUAUUACGCAUGCACGGCACGUAUGUAGCCAGCUUCGUUUGGACUUCCACUUAGAAUAAGUGGGACGAAUAGAACGCGCGUUUGGUCCUUCUAGCGCUCGUAAUUUGUUCCUGCGGGCUUAGACCAUCUAUCACAUGAAACUUAUGCACAUCGUUGGAGCAAGAGCGUUUAAAUCUUCGAUCGUUCUCGCCUGCAUUCCGUAACCUUUCGUAUUUACUAGUUUUGACGUUAGUCUUCACAGAGUGCGGAGGGGAAAACGCGAGGCGAAGAGGGGGGCUCCUCUCCUUCUCUCCGUUCAUGCGCGCCGGCGCGCGUCCUCGAAAUCUCUCCUUUCGCCCUGAAAACACCGGCGCACGCAGGGUAUCUAUUUUUGCUCAUUUUUUUUUUCAUUUUCUUUUGUUAAAAUUCUGACCCUGGCGUUUUUGUAAUUGUUGUUGUUUUUGCUUCACAGGAUGGAGCGUUCAUUGUACGCAACAGUUCCAGGGAUCUCAACAAUUAUUCAAUGUCACUCUAUCUCAGAGGAAGUGUUCGGCAUCUUAGGUGACAAAAACAUUGCCUCUUUUUAUUUGUUUUCUUCUACGAUUUGCUUGUUCACCUUGCGGGCUGAACUGGACUCUAUACCAGCCCGUUCUCGUUAAACCAUGUUGGUUACAGUUACUCAAGCAAUGAGAGCUUUUGUUUGCGCCCUAUGCGCUAUUAUGCAUGAAAAUGACCCGUAAUGAUUAUAGUUAAGUGACACCUUACAGACUAUGUCUUAGGCGUGGCUUGGGUCAUUGCGGGUACCGCGAAACCACUUCAUUGCGUUGGAGGACUUGUGGACUAACUAGAAUUGGGAUUUAUCCUUAGCUACUAGCUUCACUUCUUUAACAUAAAAUCAUGCUUUGUCAAUGAGAUGGUGGUAGUUUCUAUGAGCUUAGACUAUGAGAAGUUUUUUGUUUUCGUCAGGGAGAGUAGGGCAAGAAACCGCGAUUUUCUGCCACCCUGGUAUACCUCUUUUGCUCUGCUGUUCACAAAGAUUUAAAUCCUGUGCUAUUGAAUCAUUUUUAAUUCUUCUCACGUUGCAGAAUACCUCGAACCAAGGAAAAAUUUGUACUUGGAGACAGUGGGAAAGUGGUAACGUUUUACUUUGUUUGUGUUUAUGUAUAAGUAAAGAAAAAAACCUCUCGGUGGAGAUAUGAUUAACUGAAAUACUGGACAACUGACUGACUAAAAGACCGAUUUUACUUAAGAGUCUUGUUAGCGAGAAACUUGCUGACGUGCCUACCAGUCGUGCCCAAUUGAAUGAAUGACUUAUGAUUGACUGAUUGAAUGACUCACUGACCAACCAACCGUUCUUUCGGUGUUCGUGUUAACGCCCUGCCAAGCUCUGGUUGUCGCUCUAAAUGCUACCUAUUGUACAUCAGUUAAUAUCUUCAGGAGGUUUGUUCCUUUGUCUUUUGAAAAUAAGAAACUCAUGCGCAUAACAACGCGAUCUCAUAAAAUGAGUUAUGUCUAAUAGAGAGGAGAAUUCGUUACGUCACGUUCCCAUGGUAGCAAAUAUUCUGGAUGACAACAAACCGAAAACGUCACUUAAAAAGUGAUCUUAUUCAGUUUCAUGUAAUUUGUCAAUAUUGGCGAAUUUUUGGGGGGUUGAAUUCGAAAGGGCCGUAUCUAAGUUAGAAAAAGAAAAAGGACAUUUUUUGUUGUGUUAACCUACUCUAUAAAGCGGGCGCGUGAAAUUAGGAAGUUUCAUGUUGCAGUCGUUCAACGUCGACUAAGUAAUGUACAAAAGCGUGAUACACGUGCAGAGUUGUUGUUUUACUAAUUUAAACCCAUUGCUUUCUGCCAUUCUCGUUGAUGUUACCGCCGCCGUCAAUGUUGGUUAAGCUCGCUAUUGUUGUGGUCGAGAAAUUUUGCUACCAUGGUAACGGGACGUCACACUUCUCUAUUUUUUUCAGGCCGGAAUUAUGUUAAAUCUGGUACCUGAACUCUGAAAAAAAACUUAAGUGUAAGUCUUGUGGAUUGAUGUAUUUUUUAAAUAUAUUUUUCUAGCAAUUUGACACAAUUGUGGAACUGGUUGACUACUACAGCCAACACCAGGUUGAUCUCAAGACAGGAGGCUCUACAACUCUGACAGCUGCUUGUCCAAAGAAGUAACCAUCAAUACUCAUAUCACACUAAUGAGGUGUGGGAAUAGUAAGAUCACUGUCGCCCAGCCAGGUGUCUGCUAGCUUGAGGCUUCCUGGCCAGAGGCUGUGAUGGCCGAUAUGCAAACUAGCCCUCAAUUAUUCUUUGACUGGGAAUUGAAUGAUCAAGAAUUAUUUAGGGUGGUUCGGUCCAGUUAAUUAUAGGUUCACUGCAUCUGAUGCUUCGCGUUUUCGCUCGUUGGAAAGCGCCUAUAUUUUUGUAUAGCUUAAUUACUGAAUUUUUUUGUCUAGGAGAAUUCAAACUACAAUCCCGGCCAAGAGGUUUUUGGGCACCUCCUCUUUUUCACGUCAUUUUGUAUAAAAUUUGCAGCUAACCGGCGAUACAUGCUCAUAAACACGACCUUAACAAGAUUUUCCCCUCUACCCCCUCCAGCAAAGUUGAGAUCCUUAACGUGUGCAAGAUAUGUAAAAGAUGUUUGACUUGUAACACCCAACACUGUUAGGGAGGGGGUGGGGGAGGGAAUCAACUUGAAUUGCAUUUUUUGGUUGGAAGGCCGAGUAAUUAUCAGAAGUUAGAAGUUUUAUCAUUCUGUGAUCGGGAGAGAGCUGAACCUCCUUCAAUAACCGUGCUAACUUUUCUGGUGAAAAAUGAGUAUAAUGAAGUUUUCUGGGGUGUAUAUCUUUCGAGAAUACACGGGAAAAACUUUAAGUCAGAUCUCGUCCUCGUUCGUGAAUCUAAAUGUCUCUAUUAUCUUUUUGUUAAACGUAAUUGACAGUAAAACAGUCUGUGACUGAGCGAAUCUGUAUUAGGACUCGUUUGUCUUUGAAAUCGCUUUAGUACUUCAUCGAGUUUUUCGUGUAGAGUUUAGAUGUUUAGAAUAAUAUAAAGCAAAGUGGUAAUGAUCACUCUAAUCUUUAAAGAUUAAGUUUUUAAGUAUGUUGAAGAAACCUUAUUUUCACAUCAGAGUUGUAUUUUUGUAUCACUGCAACUGUGCAUUAGUAUUUUGUAAGAUAGUAUAUAUUCAAUAUUAAGUACCUACAGUCUCAGUUAAAAUUGUUGGGACAUUUUUGUGUC